AUGGUCGACGAAUGGGAGAACUGGGAAAACGCUUGGGACGAAUCCAUGGACGCUCCGGUCGGGAAACUCGUCACUGCAGGAGAAGCCACAGAUCCUGUGUUCUUGCGACUUCUUGGACGCGGAGGAGGCACUUUCUUGGUCGGAGAUCUUGGGCGCUCCAGCGAGGAGCUCGAGGCCAUCGCCUGUGGCAGACUGAGCUGGAAACUCUGCUGCAACUGGCUCACGUUUCCAAGACGCGGAAUCAAAGGAGAAAUGUUGGACUGGAACGGUGGCAUCUCCACGACCACCAAGCUCAGCAGCGUCUGGUUGGUUCCUGAUGUCAGUUUCAGGUACUCCAAUGACCGCUGCUGA